UCUGAACUCAACAGGAAGUAGACCCGCUACUCUCACUUUCCGUGGAAGAUGGGGCAGGACUCGUUGCCCUUCCGACGACGAGUCCUGCUUCGCCUGUGUGCUGUCCCCGCAACAUCAAGCGGUCUUUGUUCUUUUUUGCUUACUCCUGUUUGUCUCUUCACUUUGCCCGGAGCUACUGCACUUGCGGUUGCCCGGAGAACUGCACUUGCGACUUCCGCCAAGCUGGACCCGACGGAGAUUGACGAGAUUAAGGUUUCCCCCGAACCCCCGAGCGUGGAGGAGGUGAGCGAGGAUGUGCAGGAGCUUAUCAAAGCGAAAAAAGCCCCCACCCCAUAUCGGAAACGGAAGAUGUGCGAAUUUGUGGUGCUGUAUUUGAGUACACAAAUCGACUUGUAUUGCUAGAAGGCCAAGAGACGAAGCUGCGGCCUAAGUUGCAGGUAAUCUGUCACGCUGUUUCCCACUUCCAGUUGCCUCCUGUCAUCCUGGAGCUGCAAGGCUUUCCCACGCUAGACAGCACUACAGCCCGCAUCUUUUGCCUUCUAGCAUCACAAAGCUGAUUUGUGACCACAAAUCUGCAUCACAGAUUUCCGUUUUGAUAUGGGGAGGGGGCAUUUUUCAUUGUAAUAGAGCUGACCGCGGACCUGCACGCGGCCAAGGCAGAGAAUCUGAUCUUGAAAACGUCCACGGAGGUGUCCAACAAGCUCGCGGAAAUCCACAAGCUGCAGGCGGAGUUCGCGACUCUGAAGAGCAAGGCCGAGCAGCUGCAGGUGGCGAACGAGCUGCAGUUCGAGAAGAUUUACAAGAUCGCCGAGCGAACCGAGACCGUGUACGGAGCAGAAAUUAGGAAGAUUGAAAAACCGCUGGCGAAAAGUUUGAAGGCCGAACAAGUAAAAGCGACCACCGCGGCGAUCCGCGCGGACCGGGAUGAUCUCGGGAAGGUCGCCGCAGGCGUGAAGCAGCAAAUCGUCGCCCGGAUGAAAUCUGUCGUGGAGGGGGUGAAGAAGGCCGAGGAGGCGGCAGUCGAACCGGUGGCGGCCGCGAAGAAGGAGGAGGCGCGGUCCGUCGUGGAUUUCUGGGUGCGGGCGAAGAACGCGGCGAAGCAGGUCGGGGUGUUGAAGAAGACCGCGAUUCGGGCGGCGAAGCAGGCGCAGCUGUACGCGUUCUACGGACGGGCGUACGACGCGAAGAUGACGCUGAAUACCGCCCACGAACUGAUGAAGCAGGCGGACGCGCUGAAGGUGGAGGCCAUCAAGUACCAGCACGUGGCGGAACAGCUGAACGGGAACGUCGGCACCAUUGCUGCCGCCGAAGCCGCGGCGAAGGCCGACGCGGGGGCGGCGGCAAACCCCUUCGGCUUCGACACGUCGGGGGCUGAUGUGGCCCUGCCCGACCUGCCGUCCGCCGUGGAGUUUGCCGAAGAAGCUGCAGCCUCCGGGAGCGGUAGUGCUGCUGGGAGCGCAGCACGAUAGAGGAGGUGGUAGAGUAGAAACGGGUGGAUGAAACAAGAUACUGCGUUACAUCGAGCACGCUGCUCAAGGAUGUUGCACUUGCAUUUUUUUUUCCAGGAACAGCCCUGUGUUUGCGUUUUCCACACUAGACUA